AUGGAGAAAGAGUUAAAUGUUACCUAUAUAACUCUGGACUGGUAUGUAGAAGUUAACAAGUACAGAUAUGUUUAUUUUUUUAUUAUGUUUACAUUUUAUAUUCUAAUAAUCUGCAGUAAUUCUACUAUUGUUUAUCUCAUCUGGAUUCAUAAAAAUCUUCAUGAGCCUAUGUACAUUUUCAUUGCAGCUUUGCUCCUGAACUGUGUUCUUUACACUACAAAUAUUUACCCCAAACUUCUGAUUGACUUUUUAUCUGAAAAACAAGUCACAUCAUAUUCAGCCUGUCUCUUUCAGUUUUUUAUGUUUUACACUCUAGGCAGUUCAGAGUUCCUUCUCUUGGCAGCCAUGGCUUAUGACAGAUAUGUGGCUAUAUGCAAACCUCUGCAAUAUCAAACUAUAAUGAGAAAAAACACUGUGUGCAUUUUCCUGGUCAUAGCUUGGGUCGCACCUUCUUGCCAUACAGCUGUCCUUGCAAUAGCGAGUGCUGAAGCUAAACUGUGUGACUUUAAUGUAAAAGGAAUAUUUUGUAACAAUGCAGUUUACACUCUUCAGUGUGUAAGAUCAAGAUUAAUUACUAUAUUUGGAGUGGUUUGUUUAUUAAAUCUUGUAAUACUUCCUAUGCUCUUCGUAGUUUUCACAUACACAAAAAUAUUUAUAGUUUCUUAUCGAAGUUGCAAAGAAAUUAGGAAGAAAGCUGCAGAGACCUGUUUACCCCAUCUGUUAGUUUUAAUCAGCUACUCUGUUUUUUUUAUAUAUGAUGUCAGUAUAGCUCGAGUGGAAUCAAAUUUUCCAAAAACUGCACGUAUAAUAAUGAAUUUACAAAUAGUGCUCUAUCAUCCUUUGUUUAAUCCAUUCAUAUACGGUCUCAAGAUGAAGGAAAUUUCUAAACACCUAAAAAGGCUUCUUUCUCAGGGCAACAUGAGCUCUUGUUUUAAAACUGAAUGCUAA